AGCGUCAAUAUCCUUCAUCUUCGUCAUGCUAUCAAUCAUGUCCUUCUGUAUGGAGACAGCCGAGUCCUUUAACGUCAUCACCAACACCACCAUGGGUGAGAUCAGCGAGCCCAUCGCAGCCCUGUUCAUCCUUGAAGGCAUCUGCGUGACCUUCUUCACCAUCGAGCUCAUCGUCCGGCUCGUCUUCUGCCCGAACAAAAUCAAAUUCUUCCUCGAAGCCCUCAACAUCAUCGACAUCGUCGCCUGUAUUCCGUUCUACGUUGAUGCCGUCGUCAAGAUCGCCGAUACGCACCUGACAGGGCAGUGGAACGAGAUCCUCGGCUUCAUCAGGAUCGUCCGUAUCUUCCGUAUCUUCAAGCUAGCGCGCCACCUAAGUGGUCUACAAAUCCUGGUCCAUACCUUGAAAGCGUCCGCAAAGGAGCUUGUGUUGUUGAUAGUCUUCCUAGGUUUGGGCGUGCUGAUAUCAUCAAGCCUGGUUUACUAUGCAGAGCGGUGGGUGGCCGGUGACGACCAGAAGAAUGACUUUCAGAACAUACCGGUCGGGUUCUGGUGGGCCGUUGUCACGAUGACGACGGUUGGGUACGGUGACCUGGUGCCGCGAACGUGGCUGGGGAUGAUCGUGGGUGCGAUCACGGCCAUCAUCGGCGUGCUGACGCUUGCUCUGCCUGUUCCCGUCAUCGUCAACAAUUUCGCGUUGUACUACACGCACGCUCAGGCGAGAUCGAAGCUACCGAAGAAGCGGAAGAGGAUCUUGGUAGGUGCUGCAGACGCCCUGAAGACACAAGGCGCUAUCUCAUCGAGUAUCAGCGGCUAUUCCACACAGUCUACCACCGAGGAUGAUGAUGCCAGUAUCAGGAGCGAUGACAUGCCCUUGAAGACGGUGUCCGGGUCGAUCCAAGGUGGAGACAUGAACAAGGACACCCCGACACACCUCUUCACCGCCGCCUCAGCUAAGGGGGAGAAGACAAGCAUCAGUGUCACUUUCACCGACGAGUGCGCCGAGACGUUCGCCAGUCCCAAGAAGAGCCGGUCGCCCUCCCCGACGUCGCCAUCGGGGAAGGAGUCGGCGGGAGAAGGAGGCAAGCCGAGGAGGAUGGUGAAGAGGAUGAGCCUCAUGCCACAGGCGAGGAGAGAGAGCUUCAUGCCCAACGGUAACAAUGCUCGAACACGAUCACUACCAAACGGACGUCGACGAUCACGGAUGCCAUCCAUGCCGGAAGUAGAAACGUAACCGGAAGCAUAUUAGAGGUCAAGUCCUUCAAAACCUUUAACCUUUCACAUGAAACUUAGCACCAAAGCGUAAGGGGCAAUGGGAAGGAGGAUUUGGUGUGCGAACACGUUAAUGUCACUGGACAGAGUAUGCCUAAACAUCGCGUAGAGCCGGCAAGGGGAGGAUCGGGGCCGAUGAUGUCGGUCCCAAACUGCUUUCAGCUGAUCAACCGGCCCGUUAACCAGGAUUAAGACCGAGUGGUAAUGUGGGAAGUCCCCUGAAGUACCCAGCUAUCGUGCAUCCAGCCCAUGUUUCGUGUGUUUAUGGUACAUGUAUAGGAUGUUGGGCAGCGCAAUGUAAUUUGGGGAGCAACGACUAUUCAUGCUUCUUAUCAAUUGCAAUUCUUGUGGAGACGUGCUUAGUGAUGGCUAUAUCUGAACUGGACAGAAAUAACCGUCCGGAAUGGGGAAUUCUGCAUUGAAACUGACGUUUUCCAACCUUCCUCCACAAAAUACGUGCGGACAGACAGUUGAGCCAGACGGCGUCUCAGUGGAACAACAGUCGAAAUAAGAGACUAACAUUUCGGUCUAUAUCCGAACACAUUUACGUUGCCCAUUGAAAUGAAAAUGAAUGCAGCCGACGGGAAUUAACCCAAAACGUGGGCUUGAAUUAGGCGCAGACUACACAGAAAAUGAACGCAGCCGACGGGAAUUAACCCAAAACGUUGGCUUGAAUUUGGCGCAGACUACACAGGUUCAAUAUCACCAUGGGAACGCAUCUCUGGGGAUUCGGAAGAAAUCGAUCAGUCGCAAAGCUUGGGCAACACCAACAGCUGUUGGUAAGACGGAUCGAGUCAACUGUAACCAUGGUUUCCGAGUCGGAUGCCGAUCUUUCCCGAGCUUAACGUGCCCCCCGAGGCAAAGAACCACGGUAAGACAACUACAAACAUUUAGAAAAUGCUGCUCGUAUGAAUUGUAACGAGUUAUACACCAAUCCUUUCAAAGUUAAAGGUGGUCGACGAGACAUUUUGAAUACGUUGCUCUUGGAUCAAUACGAAUUACUACGAGUUGUUGAUUUUUCCCGAGCCCUUCAUGCUUACGUGCUCUAAAAGCUUGGCAAGACACUAACUUCGCGGUCAUUACGAUUUAUUACGAGUAAUGCCGAACGUUCCAGACCCGAAGAUGCUACGAAGCGAUGAGCCUUGCAGAAGAUACGACGUGUAUUAGGAACAGGCGCUCGGUGAAUCAGCACGAAUUAUUACGAGCUACACCGAUCUUUUCCGAGUUCCAGAUGCUAAUGAGUUGAGGAAGACAUUACUAGUAUUUUAAUAUAUCGCUCAUAGCUUAGACAUAAUAUAACGAGUGUUGAGUUUUCACGAGUUUUGCCGAUUUUUUCCCGAGCACUGUAUGCAUCCGGAUUGAGAUACAACCACUCAUGGAUUAUCAUGAUUUGGCACGAGUUAUACCGAUCUUUCCCGAGCAUCGAAUGUUUUAGUUCGUGGAUCAUUAGUUAUGAUGCCGAUCAAUCCCGAGUUGUGUCUAGAGCCCUCUACGAGUAUCGCCGAAGUAUCUCGAAGAACAACUCCGAACACAAAAUGGAAAAUCGAAAAAGGGACUUCUGACAAGAAUUAACCCCAUGCGAACUACCAUCGUCGGCUUGAUAUCGACAUCAAUAGGAAAGUUCGUGGACAGUUACACAAAUAAAUUGUGUGCAAACUUAUUUUACCGACCACCUUCGAGUGCUGACUGUAUAGAUUAAUAGAUAAACAUCAACAAACUGCAUCUACCGAAAAUAAUAUCGCUAGUGAUAUUCGUUGGUCUCGCAAGGUAUGGUCAACAAGGGAUCUAAAAGAUCACGAC